AAAAAAAGGAGCUCUCGUUCUAGUCCUCCAGCUGAAAAGCUUGUCGGCCAUGGCAGUGGCCGCCUCUCCAUCUCUCACUCUUCCUCCAUCCGCGCAGCGCGCCACCCCAAAGCCGCGCGGCCGCACGCCGCCGCGAGACGUGGUCUCAUGGACGUCCGCCAUCGCGCGCCCGGCGCGGGAGGGCGACCUGCCGGCGACGGCCGCGGCGCUCUCCGCCAUGCUCUCCUCCCCCGCCGCGCCUGCGCCCAACGACGUCACGCUCCUCACCGUCAUCUCCGCCUGCGCCGGCGCCCCCUCUUCCCCGCUCGCUCGCCCCCUCGCGCUAUCUCUCCACGCCCUCGCCAUCAAGCUGUUCCCCGGCCACCUCCUCCUCUGCACCUGCCUCGCGCGGUUCUACCUCGCGUCCCGCCUCCCCCACCACGCCCUCCAGCUCUUCGGCUUCAUGCCUGUCAGGUCCGUGGUCACCUACAACACCAUGAUCACCGGUCUCAUGCGCAACGGCCUCGUCGCCGCCGCGCGCCAGGUGUUCGACGGAAUGCCGGACCCGGAUAAGGUCUCCUGGACGGCGCUCAUCGACGGGUGCGUCAAGAACGGGCGCCACGACGAGGCGAUCUGCUGCUUCCAUGCCAUGCUGCUGGACGGCGUCGAGCCAGACUACGUCACGCUGGUAGCUGCUAUCUCCGCGUGCGCUGAGGUUGGCGCGCUCGGUCUUGGUAUGUGGGCGCACCGGUUCGUGACCAGGCAGAGGCUGGAGGGCAACAUCCGCAUCACCAACUCGUUGAUGGACAUGUACGCUCGGUGCGGUCAGGUGGAGUUUGCACGGCAGGUGUUUGACAGCAUGAGGAAGCGGACGGUGGUCUCGUGGAACUCGAUGAUCGUCGGGUUCGCAGCCAAUGGACGGUGCACGGACGCCAUCGAGCAUUUCGAGGCAAUGCGGAGGAAGGGGUUCAAGCCGGACGCUGUGACGUUCACGGGCGUGCUCACGGCCUGCAGCCAUGCCGGUCUCACGGACGAGGGACUGAGGUACUAUGAUGCCAUGAGGGUGGAGCACGGAAUCGCAGCGAGGAUGGAGCACUACGGGUGUGUGGUCAACCUUCUUGGCCGGGCCGGGCGCCUGGAGGAGGCCUUGAGCGUGGUGGUGACCAUGCCGAUGCGGCCAAACGAGGUGGUGCUGGGAGCUCUGCUCGCUGGGUGCCGGAUGCACGGAGACGUGGACAUGGCCGAGCAGCUGAUGCAAUACCUCGUCGAGCAGGACCCCGGCGGCGACUCGAACUACGUGCUGCUGUCGAACAUCUAUGCCGCUGUCGGGAAAUGGGAAGGCGCAGGCAAGGUCCGGAGCCUGAUGAAAUCCCGGGGAGUCAAGAAGAGGCCUGGCCGGAGCGCCGUGGAGAUCAACGGCGACGUGCAUGAGUUUGUCUGCGGAGAUCAGUCUCAUCCGCAGGCUGCUGAGGUGUUCGACAUGCUUGGCCUGCUGAGCCAUGAGAUGGCAGGGCGUGAGGCCGUGAGUUAUGAAUGAGCACUGGAAUGCAGAAGACAGAAGCUGAUGUUGUUGCGACUCCCGUUGCAUGUACAGUCUCGGGAAGAGGCACCCAGUAUGUACAGUAAUACAGAUACAGGUGAUGAGAUGGAUCUUUUCCAUCGACAGAUGAUAAGUAUUAGCGUAAAGGUGGUAAUGUGGCACCCAUUCGCUGCGAUGAUGUUGCCCUCGAGGAUAUCAUCAUGCCCUUCACUGCCAUCCAAACUACCUUCCCUAUGAGAUACCUUGGGCUGCCCCUAUCGGUCAGGAGACUUCGGAGAAUCCACUUUCAACAUUUGGAAGACAAGGUGGCUGGAAAACUCACUCCUUGGCUUGGCAGACAUGUUGCGUCGCCGGAUCGCAUUGUUCUUGUCAAGGUGGUCCUCACUGCUAUAACAAUCUACCACCUCACUCCUCUGGAUCUACCAGUCGAGGUCAUCAAGGCAAUUGACAGUAUUAGACGUGCUUAUCUUUGGGCGGGAUGUGAAAAGGUCACCGGUGGGAAAUGCAAAAUUAAUUAGGAGACGGUGUGCAAGCCCAAGUUAUAUGGUGGAUUGGGCGUCCUCAACUUGCAAAAGUUUGCUACCGCUCUCCGCUCGCGAUGGCUUUGGUUUGAGUGGGCUAACCCCACUAAACCUUGGAUUGGCAUGGGCACGCCAUGCACUGACGAUGAUAGAAAUCCUUUUGCGGCUGCCACUCGUGUUACCAUUGGUGAUGGUUAUCGGGCCACUUUCUGGGAAUCACCUUGGGUGGACGGUAUUCGCCCCAAGGAUAUUGCUCCAAAGAUCUUUGAUCUCUCCAGGAAGAAAAGAAGCUCCGUUCGCUCGAGUCUCACAGACAACGCUUGGGUCCGCAACAUUGAUACCUCUCAGGGCCUCACUUUUGAGCAUAUUGAGCAAUUCGUCACCCUUUGGGAGAAGCUCUCCAAUGUCAUUCUAACCCCUGGAGUUGACGAUGCAAUUAUUUGGAAGUUCACUAAAGAUGGGGUAUACUCCGCGUCUUCUGCAUACAAUGCUCAGUUUGAGGGUCACACCGCCUCUGCCAUGAUCACUACUGUUUGGAAAGCUUGGUGCAAAUUUUCCGCUUGGUUGAUUAUUCAUAAUAGAGUGUGGACCGCCAAUAGAUUGCAGCAUCGGGAUGGCCGAAUUGCAACCUUUGCCCUCUUUGCAAGCAGGUUCAGGAGACCGCGGCUCACCUCCUCUUCCAGUGUCGGUUCACAGUGAGAGUGUGGACGGAGAUCAAGACUUGGCUUGGCCUCCACGACAUUGAUCCUCAGAUUGGAGACUCGUGCCCUCGGUGGAAGUUUGUUCGGACAUGAUUGCUCACAAAAGGGGCCACUCGCGCAUGGUUCGUAGCACUUUGAUGAUGCUUGUUGCGUGGAAAAUUUGGAACGAACGCAACGCGAGGGUUUUCCGCAACACCGCCGCCCAUACUACCAUUGUUAUUGCCAAGAUUAAAGAUGAGGCCUCUAUUUGGGCUCGUGCGGGUGCGAAGUAUUUGUGUAAUAUUAUGCGGCGAGAGUGAUCUGUACUCUCCCGCUUGGUGGAACUAUGUCUAAUCUUCUUCUUAAUUAAUGAAAAUGG